AGAACUUACACUGCUCCCACAAAGAAGGUAGCAUUCACUUUGGAUCUAAGGAAGCGAUCUCCAGAGCCUUAGCUCCAACAGGAAGCCAGUGAGUAAAAUUUAGUUCUGCUAUUUCAUCGAAACACGUGUGUGGAUUCUAACACUUUAAAAGACACUGUACUUUCUGGAUCCAGUGUGAACAAUGGAGACAACGAUAGCAAAAACGUCACAGCAAAGGCAAGUUGUUUUUCUUACUAUGUUGUUGCUUUUGCGGGUGUCUGGUUCUGAGGCAAUUAAAUAUUCCAUGCCAGAAGAAACAGAGAGUGGCUACUUGGUGGCUAACCUAGCAAAAGAUCUGGGGCUCAGGGUUGGAGAACUGGCCACUAGAGGGGCACGAAUCCAUCACAGAGGAAACAAAGAGCUCUUGCAACUGGAUGCAGAGACUGGGAAUUUGUUCUUGAAGGAGAAACUAGACCGUGAGGUGCUGUGUGGGCUGACAGAACCUUGUGUGCUGCAGUUCCAGAUCAUACUGAAAAACCCUGUGCAGUUCUUCCAAACUGAAUUGCAGCUCACAGAUAUAAACGACCAUGCUCCAGAGUUCCCUGACACAGAAAUGCUCCUAACAAUCCCUGAGAGCGUCCAGCCAGGGACUGUGUUUCCUCUAAAGGCAGCUCAGGACUCUGAUAUAGGGAGCAACGCUGUUCAGAACUACACAGUCAGUCCCAACCUCCAUUUCCACGUCGUUACUCACAGUCGCACAGAUGGCAGGAAAUACCCAGAGCUGGUGCUGGACAGAGCCCUGGAUAGGGAGGAGCAGCCUGAGCUCACUUUAAUCCUCACUGCUCUGGAUGGGGGUGCUCCACGCAGGUCUGGUAUGACCGCAGUUCAUAUUGAAGUCGUGGACAUAAAUGAUAAUGCCCCCCAGUUUGUACAAUCGCUCUAUGAGGUGCAGGUUCCUGAGAAUAUCCCCCUCGAUGCCUUAGUUGUCACAGUCUCUGCCACGGAUUUAGAUGCUGGGAUAUAUGGCAAUGUGGCCUAUUCUCUGUUUCAAGGCAGUAGAGAUUCUCAACCAUUUAUAAUAGACGAAAUCACCGGAGAAAUCCGUCUGAGCAAAGAGCUGGAUUUCGAGGUAACUCCAUACUAUAAUGUGGAAAUCGCAGCGGUAGAUGGAGGGGGGCUUUCAGGAAAAUGCACUGUGGCUGUACAGGUGUUGGAUGUGAAUGAUAACGCCCCAGAGUUGACCAUUUCCACGUUCUCAAGCCCUGUCCCUGAAAACUCCCCCGAGACUGUAGUAUUGGUUUUUGGGGUUUUUGACCAAGAUUCUGGGGACAAUGGAAGGAUGGUGUGUUCUAUUCAGAAUGAACUUCCAUUUCUUUUAAAGUCCACAUUCGAGAACUAUUAUACUUUAGUGACAGAGAGGCCACUGGACAGAGAGAGCAGAGCUGAGUACAACAUCACCAUCACGGUCUCUGACCUGGGCACACCCAGGCUCACAACCCAGCACACCAUAACAGUGAAGGUGUCUGACAUCAACGACAAUGCCCCCUCUUUCACCCAAACCUCCUACACCAUGUUUGUCCACGAGAACAAUAGUCCUGCCCUGCACAUAGGCACCAUCAGUGCCACAGACUCAGACUCAGGCUCCAAUGCCCACAUCACCUACUCUCUGCUGCCGCCUGAUGACCCGCAGCUGGACCUCGACUCACUCAUCUCCAUCAAUGCUGACAACGGGCAGCUGUUCGCGCUCAGGGCGCUGGACUAUGAGGCCCUGCAGUCCUUUGAGUUCCUUGUGGGCGCCACAGAUGAAGGCUCGCCAGCGCUCAGCAGCCAGGCACUGGUGCACGUGGUGGUGCUGGACGACAAUGACAAUGUGCCCUUCGUGCUCUACCCGCUGCAGAAUGCCUCUCCGCCCUGCACAGAGCUACUGCCCAGGGCAGCAGAGCCUGGCUAUCUGGUCACUAAGGUGGUGGCUGUGGACCAGGACUCUGGCCAGAAUGCCUGGCUGUCGUUCCAGCUGCUCAAGGCCACAGAGCCUGGGCUGUUCAGUGUGUGGGCACACAAUGGCGAGGUGCGCACCGCCAGGCUUCUGAGCGAGCGCGACGUGCCCAAGCACAAGUUGCUGCUACUGGUCAAGGACAAUGGAGAGCCUCAGCGCUCUGCCAGUGUCACUCUGCACGUGCUGCUGGUGGAUGGUUUCUCUCAGCCUUACCUGCCUCUGCCAGAGGUGGCGCUGGACCCUACAUACGAUGAAGAUAAUCUCACGCUGUAUCUUGUAGUCGCCUUGGCAUCUGUGUCUUCUCUCUUCCUCCUGUCUGUGUUGCUGUUCGUGGGCGUGAGGCUGUGCAGGCGGGCCAGGGCUUCCUCUCUGGGAGGCUACUCUGUGCCUGAGGGACACUUACCCAGCCACCUGGUGAAUGUCAGCGGUAUGGGGACGCUGUCCCAGAGCUACCAGUAUGAGGUGUGUCUGAUGGGGGAAUCUGGGACCACAGAUUUUAAGUUCCUGAAGCCCAGCAUUCCUAACAGUUUGAUUGCAGACAAUUAAUUCCAUUUUGAAUAGUUAA